CGUAACAGCAAAGUUAUGGAGGGGCUUGCGGUGUCAACCGUGGCCUUUUUCUCCGCCAAUAUUAGUAUCAUUUAAGCGAUUUCGAUGGCAGGAUCCACUUUAGAAGAAGGAGCUCAGAGACACCAGAAAGUUUACAGCUUUUUGAAGCGUGUACUGCCGCAAGAUCGCUAUGAAGGUAUUCGAGUGAUCGAACCAUGCGUUGUUGUUGCAGAUGGUUUUAAGAAGACUUUUCAGUUCGCUGUUCUCGGCGACGAAAUGCUUUACAUAACUGAAAAUCCUCCGAGGACUUCGAAAGAUAUCAGACUACGUGUGGAUUUAGCUUGCGUUACAUCUGUAGAGCUGGUGAGUCCUACUAAAACUACCGUUUGACAAACCGUCAUCAUCGUUACGGACCGGCUUUGUUAGGUACAUGUAACCGGAAUAUUUCUCCAGCUAAUUUUUUGGAGGUGUCGGCAGUGUAAAGCUCAUUUGCUACACCAGGAUUUGAUAAAUAUGAAUUUCUUCCGGAGAUCUCCUGUAUAUCUUACCCGAUAUCGCUAAAACAAGCACAGAAAUGUAUUCAGUCAACAAAAGAGCGAUUCGUAAAAAUCUUAAUGGUGUUGAAGUUCAAGCGAUCGACCUAAUUUUGAUUUCGCUCUGUUAGGUGUAAUGUUAUAAAGUACCUUUUGACAAAUAAAUUUAAAUAAUAAUUGAUGUUCUCAGAUCGGCCAAGGUUAAAGCGCACAUAUUUACGACUUCAUUCUGUGUUGAAAUAUCAGCUUUAAAUGAUUGAUGAUCCACAAAUAUUGUAAAAUCAUAAUUAACACAGUGUGCACAUUUCGCUGAUUGUUUAAAUCUCCAAACCUCCUGGGACAUGUAGUCAAAAUAGUUUAGCAUGAGGUCUUUCGUAUAAUUUCUAGAACAAAAAUUCAUUAUUUUAUGGUAAUAGUUUCCUGUCUCAGUUCGUGCCAUGUUUCUUGUCAAAACAAACAAUUCUCAAGCUCACACGGACUUUGAUGGGUGAUCCUUAGACGAUUAAGGGAUUUGGCAAGGGGGCUGGACUCUAUUGUAGGUCCAGGCUGUGGGUGGGUCAUUUUGUUAGGUCUGGGUCUUUCAUUGGCCAGAUGCAUCCAAAAAUCCAGAAUUGGAUUUUUUUUUUCCAAUUUCUCUAGAGAUGAUUGAAGAUCAUGAGAUAGAAACAAUGCUUAUGUAUAAUUUUAAAUUAAAAAAGAAAUUGUAUCAUGAGCUAUUUGGAAUAAAUGAUGAAAGAACACUGUACUUGAACUUGUUUGUCAGGAAACAGGUUUUUCCAAGAGUAAAAUGAAGAUUAUUCUUCAAUGCAAAAUUGGUUUUCUUUCAGAUCCAUGAUGUUGCAGAAUUUCUUGGGGGAGAUUUAAAGACCAAGAACCAGCACAUUCUGUUAGUUUAUAAAAAGAUUUUUAAGCAAACAGCAUCAAGCCAAGAAGUAGCCAUUCCUUCAAGUGAAAACAAUUCAGCAUUGAAGUUAGCUCUCCAAUCUUCUUCCAUUCUCAGCACAUCUCCAGUGUUGAGAGUAGAUUCAACACCGCAAGUGGGAGAUAACCUUAAAUCUAAAACAUCAAUGGGACGUGUGGAAAGUCAACCAAUCACAACACAACAUCUUUCAGUACAGACAAACAGACUUCAUUUAAGUGCUUCAGAUCCUGAUCUGCGACAUCCAAGGCAUGAACACAGCAAAUUGUAUUCAGGGUCAACUAAUAAUAUUGGUGCUGUUUCUGCAUCACCCCGAAAUACACGACCUCUUCCACCGCCUCCUCCAGGUCAUGAAUCAGUGAUCACGCAGUCAAGCUCAGGUGCAAGACUGAGAUCAGGAAAUGUUGGUCAGCAGCGAAGAAAGAAAAUGACAGCUUCACAGCAGAAGAAACCUAGCAAUGACUAUGAUGAGUUGAAUUGUAGCUCCAGCAGUAGUGAACUUGAGAUUUCAUAUCAGUGUACAUCAAACAAUUUUAACAGACAAAAGUCAGUGGAUUCUAGUGGUCAAAACAGGGCAUGCUCCCCCUAUGGAAGGAGUCGUUAUGGUAGUGACAGUAAUGGUUCCUUGGACAGUGGGGGAGAAUUGGACUAUUAUUCUGAUGAUGAGAGCAAUGAUUCUUCUAGCAACAACUUUGAAUUGAUGGAAAUGGAUUUAUAUAUCCUUUCUGAAAAAUCACCAAUGUACAUGCAUCUUAAAAGCACAUGGAACAACUGCAUUUUGGUAAGUUUUUUUUUUCCUUUUAGUAAGCUAUGCGGGCAUGUAUUGUGUGUAUUUACAACUACAUGGGCUAUCAAUGUAGGUACUGAUGAACAAAAUCUAGAAAUUUCCUGGUGAUUGACAAUUUACUGUUUCCUAACCAUCCCAGAUUUUGCUGACAUACCUGGAGAUCAACAGAUGUCUGUACCACAUUCUUUUGCAUGUUUGUUUUUUUUUUUAAUUGUGACUCAGGGCUAGUCUGCAGCUAAGCUACCAAAGGACUGAUUGCAAUGAAUGAAUAGUCCAUUUUACAGUUGUGUGCUUGGUUGCCAAGCCUUUGAACAGGAGUGAGGCUGAGGGUGACCUUGUUAUAAUACAAACCUUGCUGCUUUUCAAAUGCAAAUUACUUUGUUAUCAUGCUAACUAGAUUCUGGUCUCUAACACAACAAGGUCACCUUCAGCCUCACUCCAAAUCAAAGGCUUGGCAACUAAGUACACAACUGUAAAAUGGCCUAUUGGGAAGCAUAAAAAAUUAUUAGUGAGUAUUUGCUUCAUUACUCACUAAAUACUUCAGAUGUUUUGAUACCUUGUGGAGUGACAUUUUCCUUCCCUUCUGAUUCAUCAACGACUCAAAUCAAGCAGAUCUACUGCCACUGCUCGUUAUGCAAUAAAUUUUGCAAAGUCAUGCAACAUGUGUGAGUUUAAAGUGAUAGCCUUUUUCAUUAUGCAAGUUUUCUGUUGUCAACUCAUAGCUUUUUCAAAGCUAAAAGUUCUUUAUUUUACACAACAAUGUAAUACAAAGAAAACUUACAGCACUGAAAAACAAAGACAUAAGAGUUGCGCAUUUUUUCCAAGUGCUAAAAAAAAUUGCAAAUGUGCAUUUGACUAUCUUGCAUCUGAGUGUAUGAAGUUUGUCUGUGCAGUUAACACAUAUGUGAGUGGUACUGUAAAACUAUUGCCAACCUCUCCAACAAUAAAAACUGAAGUUUCCAAAUAUCAUGAUCAUUCCCUGAUCAAAUCUGGGAGAUGUUUGACCAUCCCAGACAGUCAGUAUCUGUGCCAUAUCAAGUUUUCAUUUGUUUGAAAAUUCUGUGACAGUUGGGAAACAGUUAAAACGCCAAUUGUCUGGGAUUUAUCCUACAUACGACAACCAGGUUUAAGCAGAGAUAAUUCUACAGUGCUCAGUCAGAUCAGUAUAGUUUGAGCUACUGGGCAUAUUAGCCAACUUCAUGUGAAAGAGCCACAAAAAAUUGGCUCUCCAUAUGCACUGUAUUUAGGUUUACUAUAAGUUUGGAAGUAAGAGGCAAUUAAGAGAUUGAGGACCACCAGGUUAUUGUGGAGCCAAGUAUAGCAUCAGUUUUGUCGGGUUUUGUGCAAGUGUUGGAACUUCAAUUUAAUGUCCUAGUGAUUAUUAAAAGGUUACGCGAACCUUCAAGCAUAUUGAACUGAACAUAGUUUUGGUUCUUAGUCAUCUACUGGUAAACCUGCUUUUAGUAAAUUUUCUAUUUCAUUCUCCUCCAAACUGGGAAAUGACUGCUUUUUAAAUUUCUUUGAGAGAUGUGGAAUACUUGAGGAAAUUUUUAUCAGGGAUUUAAAUAAAAUGAAGUGAAAGUAGCCAUUUAAAAAUUGCACACAUGUCUGUGGUUUUGGUUGGCUAAAGGCUUAAUGUUGACAGCUCUGUGUUUGUCAGCUUCAAUGAGUGGACAGAACUUGUAAAUCUCGUUGUUGAAACUUACAUGUAAGUCCACAUGAUGAAAUAUUUCUACAUUUAAGUUUAAUACAAGUGUUACUCUCUUAUUAUGUCAUCAAUUUUGACCCUUUACAACCUAACAUCAGUAUGCAUAUUCUCCAUACUGUUCUCUGUACAUUUCCAAAGGUGUUGGUAAGGAGAAAUUAAUUUAAAAUCCAGCAUUUCUUUUGUUGGUGAUCAGCUAGUGACAUUAAUGCCUUAUUCAGUUGGUUAAAUUGUAUGGAGAAAUUAGGUGCUAGCCACUCUUAGGAAUCAUGAAUUUGUCACUUGAUUGCUUCCCUCUGUCUAGAAAUCUACACUCCAUCAUGGUCGAAGGAGUUCCACGCCAACAUCACCAACUGGAUUUAACAAAGUUGACAAGUGAGUACAGCUUGUAUUGCUGUCUGUCAAUAAUUAUCUAAAGUUCAAAUUGUGGGGACAGAAGGUUUGUCAAAUACUGUUACAGUAUUUCCUUAUAUAAGCACCCAGGUGCUGCUUUAAAAUUUUGGCUAAAAGAAAGUGAGGUAGGGCUACUUAUUGGAAGAUGGGUUCUCCUAAUUGAUGCCUGCAUGCUUCAUGCUUGGGUCUCAUAUCUGAGCUGAAGAAACUUGGUCAGAAACUUUCAGUAGAGACCUUGAACUUGGUUAGUAAGAGGUAUUUGCUGUCGAUAAAUGAUAAAAACACCUGGCUGGAAUACCCUGUGACCUUAAGAGAAAAUAUUUCAUAAGUUCUGUGUUAGCAUGUGUUACGCUGCAAGCUAAAAAUAGCUACAUGUAAUAGUUGAGGCUUAUAACAAUGUGGUGAAAGUUUAAUUUUGCACAAAAAUUUUGAUUCACAUUUUCAUUUUAGUUCACAGUUGUUGCACUUGUUUAAUCAGCUGAAGACAGAAAUCCUUCAGUCUCAUAUCAUGGAGAAGACAUUUAUCCUUGUUCAGGAACUUUUGACCGCAGCAGAAAAGAGUUUCAACUUAAAAAAAUACUUCUGGAAGGUAGGUUUCAAUGAUGAAAGUGUUGAUGAUCUGUUUUUUUUCCAAUUUUGACUUUGUUGUCUGUUAGUAUAGAUAAUAACAUGAUUUCGAGUGCAAUUUAGUGUUAAUAAGCACAAGUAAAUUUUUAUAAAGGCAACAAAAUUGCAUAAGCCAGUAGGGUAAGUGCAAUUUUUAGUACACCAAAUUGCAAGAAAAAUCUUGCUAUUACCUGUCAAUAACUUACAUGAAAAAAUAUCGCAGAAUAGCAAAACAGACGAAAUUUUGAAAGCAUGCGCGCUAUUGGUAAAUUGUGCUCGUGCUACAACUUUGCACUUGUGUUACAACUUUGCAUUCGUUUUACAUGAGAAUGCACUCGUUUUCAGCCAAUCAAAAGCGUGGAAUUUUUUUUCAUGUACAUUAUUAGUAGUAUAAGAAGGCACUAUGGUAUGCAAUCAAUCAGAAGAGUAUCUUGUACCACAAAGUACAAAUCAACCUAUUAUAUGACUGGAUUGGCAUCCAAAAUGGCGAUUUGAUAUAACGCAAUUUCAUUGUCGCGUAUUUCUACCACGUGUCACAUACAUUUGUAAUCGUCUUCUCUGUUUGGCGUUCGCAGUAUAAUGUCCCCUUUUGCCACUUCUGUUUUGCGAAAUCUGAUCUGCAUUAUUGCCGCCGAGUAUUGAAUGCGUUACAACUUUUAGUCACCAGAUCUCUUUUUGUUCAUGGUGAGUCAGCUUCAGCGAUAUAUGCCGCAAUCCCGCAGCCAAUCUUCAUCAUCACGAAAGAAAGGAAGCAACAGAGAGGAUGAGCUUGAGUAAGUGUUUUUAUCAUAUGACCGUAUAUCAUCGUAUUUGACCCUCUUUCAUGACGCCGGAACCUCGCUGUGCUUGGUCGGUUAGUCAUGACCUCCCACUCAGUCACUUAUAACAAAGGAUGAACUUUAUUAACGGAUAUUUUUUUUUUCCGGUGAAUUAUUGCGCUUUGUACUCACGGUUUAUUCUAGUCAUAGAGGGCCCAGUGGACCUAAGUUUUUAGUUUCAGGGGGCUACUUUGUAAGAAAGAGGCUCCAAUAUAGGAUAGCUAAAAAAAUGUGUAUAUGUGUAUAAUCAUAUCUACACAUACAGUUUAGACAGCUGCAAAACGAUAAGGGCAGUUGAGAUUUUAAAAGCUAGCAAUUUUGAAGUGAGUUUUAUAUACAUGUAGUAACCAUUAUAUUGAUCUUGCCGUCGGUUAUUCCUGCGAAUACUUUCCAUCCAAAACGAAGGAAAAAAAAGGAAAUACUGCGUGAAAGGAGUACUUAUCCAUGGACACAAUUAAUUACGCCCCAUUUGACGCUGUGAGGUAAAUUAGAUGCGGCAAUUUUUCUUGACUUGCUGAAAUCAUGCAACUCCGCUCUCUGGAAUAAACCUUGUGUACGUCCUGGUUUGGAUACAAUUUUCUUGUUCAUUUGCAGCUUUGUUGUGGUGUUAUUGCAGACAUUUGUAUGUCUGUUUCGUGAGACAGACAUUCUUUCUACACGACUGAUGGUCAUCAAAGCUCACAAGUAAGUUGUUGAUGCUGCGGCAUCUGAAGUGUAAGUGACUGCUGUAUAACGACGUUUAUGGUCCAUCAAAUAUUUUUGCUCACGCGUGAUUGGUUUAGGGGCAUCCUGUGAACGAAUAUUCCCCAGCUAAAUUGGGUGAUAUGCGAGAUUAUUACCCAAGUGAUAUUCCCCAAUUUCAAACCUUACGUCCACUACGGAUGAGAGAGGAUUUUGCGGUUGUUACAGAAGAAGGUAAAUCUUUUCUGGUUGUUAAAGUUGUAGCAGAGAACACCCAAAAGAAAACAUCCCUCCCCUGCAUGCAGUAGGCUGUUUCUAAACGCUUUUUCACGCGCGUGAAGGAUGGUAAACACGAUAGCCUCUAGUUUGCGCGAAAAUAUGCCUUUAUAUUCGUCUUUGGACAUUAUUUGUUCCUCGACGCUCACGGUUCGCAUCUCGGAACUGCUAGUGACCCUGGAUAAAUAUCCGUGCAUAUUUGCGCGCCAAAUAGGUGCUAUUGUUUAUUUAAUGCAAUAAUCCAAAACAGCUUCCAUGUUGGCGUUCGUCUUUUCAGUAGAAGAUCACAGACGACAACCAAAUUUUGGUGAGAACAAAAAAAGUUGCAAGCUACUGCACAUACCCACGGCAAUAUGGAAUCUAUUCGUGUAUAAUUCUACUUUUCAAAUAAUAAGAAUAGGUAGUAACAAGAUUUCUCGUACAAUUUGGUGUUGGUAAGCACGAGUAAAUCGAGUUAAUUUUUCAAAAAUAACAAAAUUGCGCGAGCCCGUAGGGCGAAUGUAAUUUGUAGUCUUUGAAAAUGUAUAAGGCUUACAUACACCAAUUUGCACGAGUAAUUAUGUUGUCAAUUAUUAAUAACCUACAUGAAAAACGCAUCACAGAAAAUCAAGACGGACGAAAUUUUGGCAACGCGCACUAUUUGAUAUUUUCACUCGUUUUACAUUUUUUUAAUCGUGUUACAACUUCGUACUCGUGUUACCCAAGAAAUUCACUCGUUUUCAGCUAAUCUGAAAUAUGAUGCCUUUUGUGACUGCAGCCGAGUGUAUUUGAGAUGUUAAUACCACAUUUUGACGUCAUCUGUACUUGUAUUACUGUACAGACCCACAGCAAAAUGAAAUGUUUGUUACAAAGAAGCCAAAAAUUGUUAGUGGUGACGUCAUCUAGGCGUUUAUCCUCCUAUAGAUCAGAAGUACAGUUGAAAGAACCAGCCAAAAUAUACGCGUACUUUUGUUUUGCAUUAUUAAAUAAAUCUCAUGUGAUCUGUGGAUGUAUAGUGAUCAAGCAAAGAAAUGAUCCACACAGAUGAACUGCAAUUUUACCAAUUGAAGAAAAAAGUAUAUCUUAGUGUGUCAAAGUAGGAUUUCUACACAUAUGUAACGGCUUUGUUUAUAGUCAGACACUAACUCAGCGGAAGUGCUUUCUUUAUAUAGGGGACAAGCCAUAAAGGAGCUUCUGAAAUGCAUUGUCCUUCAUCCUCUAACCACAUCACAGCAACCAGCUGGCAUCUCUCCUGCAGCUCAGCUGUUGUUGUCGGGAGCUGACAGGAACAUGUUUACAGUGGGAGAUAGGGAAAAAGAGGUAGGAUUUUUGUCUUCAAAUGCCUUUACCAGGGUUUACUACUGCUGAAGCGCGUCCUGGUGACUCGUGAACUUAGUGGUUAUUAAGUUUAAAAGAAAAUCAGAUCAUAGUAUGGCAUUACUGCUCCCUCGAUUCGACCACCCAAUCGAAAAGAGCUCCUUAUUAGAAAUUCUUUAUCAGGGUCUAAGUUUUGUGUAGUACUCUGGCUAUCUCGGGUUCCAUUGAUAGUGAUGUUCUGUGUAGACUCUUCCUGGGUUUUCAAUAGAAGGUGGGACCUCCACAUACACAAGUGUCGGUACUUGCCUACUUUCGCAUGGAACAUAAAGGAAUCUACGCUUAGUGUUUAGUUUUUGUCAGAAAAUUCUCGUUAGGAUGCCCAGUCAUGAAACCCCUGCUUGUAUAAAUAAUGUAUACUUGCCGUUGCUUUUUAGACUGACAAAUUAUUGAAAGAGGUUCUGGACAAUGCUACUUCGCUUCUGUUUGAGCUGAUGUGUGCUGUACGCCAGGUUAGGCUUGCAUAUCAUAUUUUGUUGAUUUGGUGAAACGUCGUUUAUCAUUUUUUUUGCUUCUUACUUGAAGCUCAGAAAACGCGAGCGGCCAAGUCGAGAUUAGUUAUAGUUUUUCUUCUGAUUGGUUGAGAGACUGAUGCGAGUUGUCUGAUUGGCUGAGAGACUGAUGCGAGUUGUCUUGACCAGAGCGCAGUAAAGCAUCACUAGAGUAAGCCUGAAUUACUUUUGACAUUCUACUGAAAAUUUUCCUUAACCUUUUACAGUAUGCAUAUUCUCCAUACGGCUCUCUAUACAUUUCCUAAGAUGCUGACAAAGAGAAUUUGUUUAUCAAUCAGAAACUUCUUUCGUUUGUGAUCAUUACCUUUAUUCUCAUGACCUUAACGUGUGAUUCAGGGGUGAUAUUGUGGGGAGAAAUUUGAUGCUGGUCACUCUUAGGGUUUAACGGGUAACAUGGGCGGUGGCUAGUAACUGGAUUGAGAGUGUAUCAUUAACUUUCUAAUUAUUGAUGUUUGUUUGUUUGUUUUGUUUUUGUCUUUUUCAGGCCAACUGCUUUUCAGUAGAAGACAAUGUUCUAAACAUUUAUUGGCUCAUGAAGAUUGUCGAAACCCAAGAACAAACUGUAAGUAUUUGACAAGGUCUUACAAAAAAUUACUUUUACAUAUGAAGUGGUCAGAUGAUUCGAUAAUUCUAUUUGUUUUUGUUAUGCAUGAGCUCUUUAUUUCAAAUUUGCAGGAAAAAUUCUUUAUAUAAAUCGCAACUACAUACAUGCAGCAAAGAUUGCUCAUCCCAAGCAUCAUCAGGGGUUUUUUCAUACAAACUGAAAUAAACUUGACAUAAUCAUUAACCAAAUAUUUUAAAGUUAAUUCAAGUUCAAUUUGUUUCAAGAUGGGUGGACACACUUCCCUAAUCUCGUACCGAUUGCAUUCAGAACUUGCAAAAAUCAGUUUUCCCUCUUUUAAGUCUGUCAUUGGGGAUUGCCAUGCAGCGCCUGCUGUUCCAAACUUUAAUCCUCUGGUCAUUUCGUGUACAAGAAUCGUUUCAACUUAAGCCUACGAGCAGGCGCUCAUAACGUGCUCUGCAAGACGCUAUUUUCUCCACCACCGGUAAGGUUUUAGCCAAGUCGGGGGGAGAUUCGCUGGGGGUCUGGUGCUAAUAAUCAAUGCCAGGCUCCUUUCAGACCUCUAAUCGGCCCACAUUGCUCAAGGUUAUUGUUUCCAGCUCGUGGCCAUGCGCUUGUUAUGAGGGCCUGCUCGUAGGUUAUUUCAACUAAAUUUUUGUGCCUUUUUGUGGAAACGUUGAAUCCCCAACCAAACCUAACACGGUGUGUUUCCAAACAGAACACGACUUAUCAUAACUGAAAGUCCGAAUACAACACGACCAUGGCCGAUUUUACCGAACAAUUAGAUUAUGAACUCAAUUUUUCCAUCGCCUGAUUGUUAAGAGAUUGUUCUAGUCUACCAAAUCUCUUAAGUUAAACGAAAAAGUUUUUGUGUUGUUGUUGUUGUUGUUGUUUUUUUUAUUUCGAUUUUGUUUACAAGUGCACAUUGUAUGCUAGGAGCGAUUAGGUUCAAUUAGCCAAUCAGAUGACAGAACUAGUGAUAGAACUCUAGUGGAUCUUUACAAACGCCUUUUGAUUAGUGUGAAUCUUAAUCCCCCUGAAAAUUUUACAUCCUAACAUCAGUCUGCAUAUUCUCCAUAAACUUCUCUAUACAUUUCUCAUGGUAUUGAUAAGGAGAAUUUGUUUAGCAAUCAAGCGCUUCUGUAGUCGGUGAUCUUUUCAUUUAUUUUCAUGACCUUAAUAUUUGAUUCAGCAGUGAUAAUGUAAGGAAAAGGAGUUGUUAGUCAUCGAGGGAUAGAGAGUUAAGAAAUCUUAAAAGCGGCCUACCCGACGACAACGGCAGCGGGUCGCAAUCAAAGUUUGAUAUUUUUUGCUUCUCUUUUCAGACAUGUUUUGUGCAAAGGGUCAUGGAACGUCUAACGUCAUUAGUAUUAUCUUCCGGUCGAUAUCUGUCUCCCGCUGAUGCUGUUCUUCUUUAUCGACAACUUUACGUUCUUAAAAACUUUCUCGAAUAUGGUACAGUGGUUGCGAAUCAAAUCCGAGUUGGAUACGCAGAAGAAUUUAGGUAUGAUAUUUAGUGUAAUGGACAACGAGUACUUUCUUCUUUUCAGUGAAGUCCGUAGCGCCAGUGGAAAAAAAAAUAGAAAAAAGAAAGAAAAAAAGAAAUCCUCAAGAGAAUUGGCACGCGAAACUCUGAAUGUUUUUUUUUUUUUUUUUUCUUGCGGGACAGACUUCGCCAAAAAGCAGGGACUUCUUGUAGUCUGUUAGUGCAGUUGGUUCUGCUUUUGAUUUCUGCUCCAGCAAGUUUUCUUUGGAUAUUUUUGUUGAAAGGGCUUUUUUUUUUUUUGAGUAUUUAGCAUAAACAGGCGACAGUUUACGUAACAUCUUUCCGUUUAAGGUUAUUCCUCAGAAAAAAAAAAAAAAAAAGUCAUUGAACUUUUUUUUUUUUUUUUUUAAGUUUUCUUGCAUGUUCCCCACCAAUAUGUGUUUUGAAGCUAUACAGUAAAAAAAGAUAGGUCACCAUGCCUGUUUAAGAGAUAUAAUGGGCCAAACGUACCCCAUUUAUGCCUGUCCCUGGCACUAAUCACGCGCGUCAUUUCAUCGGUUACGAUAAAUUUUGCUGCAGCUGAAAAGCAAGAGUUUUAGAGUAAUACUUAAAAAUAGCUGGAUAGGUAGAAACUCUAAAGCAUAUGGAGUAAUUUGAUGAAUAAUUUGUGGAAUAAUCGCGCAAUUUUGAACCACAUCGACUCAAAAAGUUCCUUAAGUUGUUGCUUUUAAGGUCCUAAUUUUUCUAUUUAAAGGGGAUAAUAUACACACUAAAUUUAUGUAAUAGAAAUUAUGGGUCCCCGUGCUCAUUCAAGAGCUUAAGACCAUCUAUCUCUUUUCCUAGUACAUUAACUGAAGAACAAUAACGUGUCCUCGGGAUGCGCGCGCGAUUAUUUGGCUGACUACGAGAUUUUUAUGCGCAGUAAGGAUGCGCAAAGCAAAACUGAGGAAUCAUAUUUACUGGUCAUGCAAUUGCAAUAUUUAAUGGCUUAAGGUUAGCAAUUGGUUCAAACGUCAGCGUACGUUCAUCGAGCAACUCUUACGCAUCCUUCGUGCUCUCUAAACUUCCCAAGUGCCUCAUAUCUCGAUGAACGCACGCUGACGUAUGAACCAAUUUCUUUAUAACAUUUUCAACCCGAUGGAUUUGUUUGCUGACGUCAUGAGCGUGCACAAUAGGAAUAUGAAGCACGCUCGCGCAAUUGAAUUUGACUAGACAAAUUUACUAGCUAUGUUAUAAUACGCGCUAUAAGAUAACCAAAGGGGUAUAUAAAUUUCAAGAGCGUACAGAAGAGGGAAGGGGAAUUAUCAUAGGAUUUUGUCGGAAAGGACCUAACAGAACGGAAGGUAUCAAAAACUCACUUCAUUGUCUUUGGUUGAAAAAUAACCGUAAAAAAGAAAACAAAAAUUGAACCUGAAACAAAACAAAACAAACCAAAGUUAUGCAGGCUGUUAAAUGAAUUAAUGAGUAGAGUUAUUGAUCAGGUGGCGCAAAGGACAAGGCAUAACAGUGAGGGGAAUCUUCAAAUCCCUUGUGAAUUUUUGCCAUAAUAAUUUUUUUUUUUUAUCUCGUCUUUUAAAUGUUGCAGAUAUUACAUUAGAAAGCCAGUGGUAAAGAAGAAACUUUCCACCAAGUUUCCCUUGACAAGUCCCAUAAUAGAACUACUGGAGAAAGUCACGGAGUUUGUGUUAAAGCAGCCAUCACUAAGAUGACAGUCAAAACAUUUCUCGUUCCCUUUACCAAAUCUAGUUUAUAGGUAUCAAUUUGAAUUCUCUUCCCCCUUGUUACCAGAACAAGACGUCAUAUUAUUUAAAAUAGGUCAUUCUUAACAGUUAUUUGUAUUUAAAAUUAUUGAAUUAUUCUUCUUCUUCUGUCGAAACAUGCAUUUAUUUAAAGCUGUUGGAUUUUUGAUGCCGAAAGUUUUCCAAAAUCCUGUUCGACCAUGCCUCUUCGUCCCCGAACUUUACAGUCAGCCAUGGCGGGCCAAGAAACCAUGAAAAACAAACAAGCAAACAAUUAUUCAAUAUAGCGAAUGCUGUACAUAGAAUUUUAGUCUUUGUGAAUUUUGUCCUCUACAUGAAAUGUCCGCAGACUUUCGCGCUAAGUUGGCGCGAAGCAUAUGAAAUUUGAUGAAGAAACCCUAAC